AUGUACGGCUCAGUCAUCAAGUCCACCGCCAUCGCCUUCGCCCUCGCUGCCACCGUCAGCGCUGCUCCCCCGCCCUAUCCCAACAAGUGCGGCGACAUGGUCUGCCCGACCGACAAGCCGCUCUGCUGCGGCGUCUACUACAAUGGCGGCGUCGGCCUCGAAUGCAUGUCUGGCACGACCUGCCCCCCUAUCCAGUAUCCCACCACUACCACGACUACCACGACUCCCGCCAGCACCCCCACCACUACGACUCCCGUGACUACUCCCACCUUUGGGCCCAAGUGCGGCGAUUCGUUCUUCUGCAAGCCCGGCCAGGUCUGCUGCACUCUUUAUACAUGCGCCGACAGCCAGGAGCAGUGCCCCAAGUAA